AUGCACACUAUGACACUCUCGCUCAAUGUGUUUGGUUCAUUCAUGAAACACUGGAUUGGCUGCGAUGUACAGAGCCGCUUGAUUGUCACACGACAAAUCCAUCGGAGUGUCAUGAGGAAUGCCAAGAUCCUCGAGUAUACAUUGCAGCCAUUUCAACUCACGCACUGUCAGCCAUUGCAAAGACAAGUGGAUGAGCUUAUGGAGAAAGGACACAUCAGAGAAAGCAUGAGUCCCUGUGCUGUUCCAGUCUUGCUUGUGCCUAAGAAGGAUGGCAGUUGGCGCAUGUGCGUUGAUUGCAGAGCUAUCAACAACAUCACUGUAAAGUAUCGACAUCCUAUCCCUAGAUUAGAUGAUAUCCUUGAUGAAUUACAUGGUUCUAGCAUAUUUUCUAAGAUUGAUCUUAAGACUAAACAUGGUUUAUAUGAACGGUUAGUUAUGCCAUUUGGAUUGACUAAUGCACCUAGUACAUUCAUGAGAUUGAUGAAUCAUGUUCUUAGAGCUUUCAUUGGAGUUUUUGUUGUGGUUUACUUUGAUGUCAUUCUGGUUUACAGCAAAAGCUUAUUUGAACAUGUAGAGCAUCUAGAUUCCAUUUUGAAUGUUCUUAGACAGGAAAAGCUCUAUGCCAACCUUACGAAAUGCACCUUUUGCACAGAUAACCUUGUGUUUCUAGACUUUGUUGUGAGUGCAGAUGGAGUUAAGGUUGAUGAGGAGAAGGAUUUCAGUACCAUUGCUGCACCACUCACUGAGGUUAUCAAGAAGGACGUGGGUUUCAAGUGGGAGAAGAUACAAGAAGAUGCUUUUAAGUCUCUUAAGGAGAAACUCACUAAUGCCCCUGUUUUGAUAUUACCUGACUUUCUUAUAACAUUUGAGAUUGAGUGUGAUGCCUCAGGUAUGGGAAUUGGAGCUGUUCUGAUGCAAGACAAGAAGCCUAUUGCCUUUUUCAGUGAGAAACUUGGAGGAGCUACUCUUAACUAUCCUACAUAUGACAAGGAGCUGUAUGCCUUGGUCCGAGCUUUCCAAACAUGGCAACACUACCUCUGGCCUAAGGAGUUCGUCAUUCAUACAGAUCAUGAAUCACUCAAACACUUGAAAGGCCAACAGAAGCUCAACAAGAGGCACGCCAGAUGGGUUGAAUUCAUUGAAACCUUUCCUUAUGUCAUCAAGUACAAGAAAGGUAAGGAUAAUGUUGUUGCUGAUGCAUUAUCCCGAAGGUACACUCUUCUCUCUACUCUUGAUGCUAAGCUUCUGGGAUUUGAGCAGAUUAAAGAACUUUAUGCAACUGACCUUCAUUUUCAAGAGAUUUACAAAGCUUGUGAGAAGUUUGCCUCUGGGCAUUAUUAUAGACAAGACGGGUUUCUCUUUUAUGAGAACCGUUUGUGUGUUCCUAACUGUUCUCUGCGAGAUUUGUUUGUUAGAGAAGCUCAUUGA